UGCAACGAAGACGUCGCAUCGGGCAAAUAUAUUUUUACAACUCGUGUGCGGUUCCGUCUGCGAAACCGGUAAUAAUUCGAUUCGCUGUGUGUUUCAAGUGUUCAGGAAAAACUCGGAAAAACUGCAAGUUUUUUUAGUUAGCAGAAAUGCGCUUUUUCCUGCCUCUGGUGGCCACCCUGCUCUUGGCAGCGUGUGUCCACGCGGAUGUCUCCCACCUGGACACGGAUCUCCAGGAGGAUGGCUAUCACUACAAGCAGCCGUCGGUGCCUUUUCCGCCGCCGGGCUCGGGAAAUGGUAUUGAGGAUUCGGGCAUAGGCUCGGGACCCGCUCCCUCGGCUCCAGCUCCUUCGUAUGGACCUCCGGCGCCUCAGCCAACUCAACCUGCUCCAGGUCCUUCCUAUGGACCACCGCAGACGCAGCCACCUCGUCCGCAGCCACAGCCCACACCCUCGGCUCCAGCUCCUUCGCCUUCUUAUGGACCUCCACAGACGCCACCUCCUCGUCCGCCACCACAGCCCACACCCACGGCUCCAGCUCCUGCUCCAAGUCCUUCCUAUGGACCUCCGCAGACACAGCCACCUCGUCCUCCACCACAGCCCACACCCUCGGCUCCUGCUCCACCGCCAUCCUAUGGACCUCCACAGCCGCAGCCACCAUCGCCGCAACCUGGUCCGGAGUACUUGCCCCCCGAUCAGCCCAAGCCGCGACCCACUCCCUCGCGUCCUCAGCCGCCGCCACCACCACCGCCACCAUCAAGGCCACAGCCCACUCCAGGAUAUGGUCCUCCUCCACCACCGCCUCCACCAAAGCCACAGCCCACUCCAGGCUACAAUCCACCACCACCGCCGCCACCAAGGCCUCAGCCACAGCCCACUCCUGGCUACGGACCACCACCACCGGGACCUGCUCCUCCUGCGCCACCAAGGCCUCAGCCUCCCCGCCCUCAGCCACCACGCCCACAGCCAGGAGCUGAGUACCUGCCGCCUCCUGGGGAUAAUGAGGUGACCCCCGCCCAACCGCAGCCCACUGCUCCAGUGCCGGAAUAUGGACCACCACCUGGUCCUACUUACCAGCCACGUCCUCCCGCACCACCUGCACCACCAGCACCUACUUAUCAGCCUCGUCCACCAGCACCACCUGCUCCUGCACCAGGACCCACCUACCAACCACGUCCACCAAGUCCUCCUGCACCACCGGCACCCACUUAUCAACCUCGUCCUCCCGCACCACCUGCACCUGCUCCAGGACCCACUUACCAGCCACGUCCUCCAGCACCACCUGCACCCACUCCCACCCAGGGGUACGGACCACCACCACCCACCAGUGGUGGCGAUGAGGCGGGUUCCCUGGGACCCGAUGGCUACAACUACAACAAGCCUGCCAAACCAUUUACCUUCUAGAAAAAAGUACUCAGCAACCACUGUCCUCUGAACCACCAUUGGACCUAGAAAAACCCAAGAAAAGCCCCGCCACUCAAAAAUCAAAAAUCUUUUUCCAAAUAAAAACAUAAAUCUCAAAAGCCAAA